AUGGGUCAACAAAUGGAGAACCAGAAGAGAAAGAAGGUGUUGGUUGUCGGUGCUGGAGCUGCAGGUAUGAGCUGUGCUCACCACCUCGCCGAACAGCCCGACAAGUUCGACGUCACGCUCGUGGAUGCUGUUGACUACUGCGGUGGUCAAGCCUACAGUAUCCCCAUCGACAAGAACAGGUACGGCGCCAGCUGGCUCAACCAAGGUGUCCAAGGCGGCUCGUACAUCUUCCACCACACCAUGACCAUGUUCGCUCGCCAGGGACACCACGCCGAUCCCGUCAAGUUGCACGUCUCAUUCGGAAAGGACGAGCAGUUUUGGACCAACGUAUACUCGACCAUGAUGCUCAAAAAGCACGAAAAGGAGGUCAGACGCUUUUACUACAUGAUCAAGAUGAUCCGUUGGUUCGAGAUCUUCUUCGCCCUCAUCCCCAUCAAGCAUGUGGUCAAGCUCUUCAUGUUCUCUGAAGAAUUCGCCAAUGUCGUUGCUUUGCCCAUGGUCGCUCUCUUCCUGGGUACUGGAAACUACGCCCCCGAAGUACCGAGUAUGGUUCUGGAAAGACUGUGCACAAGUCCCACAUACGGUAUGUGGUUCCCAACAGACAAGGCCAGUGUAGCCAGCAACAUGCCCCCUAUGGUUGUGUUCCCCAACUUCAGCGAGUUCUACAGCGACUGGAAGACCAGUCUCGAGAAGAAGGGCGUCCACGUUCGCCUCUCCACCGAAGUCACCCAAGUCGUGCGCAGAAACAAGGAUGGUGUCGAUGUGAAGAUCAUCAAACGAACACCCGUCUCAGACGGCCACACUCAAGACAGCGCCUGGGUGCCCAAUACAGUCGAAGGCUCCAACGGUGACCCCAACGCCACCGAAAUCGAAGAACACUACGACGAAAUCGUGCUCUGCGUGUUGACCGACACCGCCAAACGCAUCCUCAAGCCCUGCGCAACCUGGCGCGAGAACAAAGUCCUCGGAUCCGCAAAGUUCGCCAACGACAUCACCAUCACGCAUUCAGAUGCAGACUACAUGCGCAAACAUUACGAAAUGGAAUUUAACGAAGAGCAAGCCGUCACUUCACUCAACGGAGUCGACCAAUCCUCGCGCGUCGAAUUUGCACGCAAGAACUUCAAGCCCAUGUAUUUGAUCAAGAUGUACCCCAAGGACCUCACAAAGCUCGAAAUGAGCUUCAACUGCUCAAACUACCAGUCGCAAUUCCCUCCAGACACACCGCUCGACAAUGCAGUCUUCCAAACUAUUUUCCUGAACAAGGAUAGGGAUUCGCAUCUCUGGUCUAUCGACGAAAUCGACGAGUCCAAAAUCAUUCGCAAGGAUUGGUGGCAUCAGUUGUGUCACAGUUUCACACACUAUCUCUUUGUGGUUCCUUGGAUGUGGGCACUCAACGGCAAGAACCACACACGAUUUGCUGCUGCGUGGACUAUGGUCAACGCCCACGAAGUCGCUUGUAUUUCUGGUAUCGCCGCUGCUGUGGAUCUCGGAGCUACCUACCCUGAAGACCUCGAGCGCGAUAGAUUUGCUCUGUUGGCGUUUAGAUUGUACUAUUUGCUUGCGUAUGGCAAGUGGUAUAAGAAGAGAAACAGCGGCAAGAACAGCAAGGAGAGUUAUUCUACUGGUCUUUAUGGCUCGGUGUAUCAGGGUCCUGGUGUUGCUAGUGAGGAGCGUACUUGCUGGAAGAAGGAAGUGGAGAACGGACGCUCGUUGAAGGAUUUCAGCAUGGCUAAGGCUGAUUAG